UUCUUCCUCGAUUUUGUGCUGAAAUUAUCUUACGAUUCAAAUUGAAAACAAAUGGGUAUUUACAAGUUUUUAGUACCUAAUUAAAUAAACAAAUUUUGUCAUUCUCCAGAUUGAAGACGCUCCAAAUUGCAAGAGUUUUCGUAAAUAAAAUAGUUGUAAGUUACGAUGAGAUGAAUCUAUUAACGAAGUUUCAGACGGAUGUUAAUAAUGGUUCUUAUUCGUCUAAACAACAUAAACGACCUUAUAAUUUUAACAGUCAACUAUAUCUCUAUAUCUUAAUUUUUUGUUUUUUUAAUAAAAAUUAAUUCCUUUAUUAUUAUUUUUUUGCCCAAAUUAAUUCGACAAGAAAUCCGUUACUUAUCUGGUAUUUGGUUCAAUAUAAAUCUUAUGAUUAUUGAGAUUAGUCUUGUUGUGCCCACAUUACACAAUACAGUCGCGCGGUAAUGGCGUGUCGAUGGGUUUUUGUUUUGUCUUACAUUGUUGCUACCACGGCAGAAUGUCCUCUAUAGACUUGCCGGAGAAUGGGGAAGGCCGGGGUACCUGCGUCCACAGCUGAUGUCUAAUUAUUCUUUCUUAGAAGCGAGAACUUAUUUUGUUUUUUGUGACUAAGAAUCCAGGUGGGGGGGAGCCCAUAGCAUCCCCCUCCUAGUGGUAUAGUUGAAGAGUGCAAUAGUCGCUCCUCUGGAUAGUGCGGUGUACGGAUUACUUUCUCUCUAGAGGUGAAAAACAAGCGUUCCUUGGACCGGAACCAGUGAGACUGACGCCAGCUUGGGAGGAGACUAAUUUACCAAAUGAUGAACUGAAUUUCAAAGGUGUUACAAUGGAACAUCAUCUUGAAGCACACCCCCCAUCGGAUAGGUACAACAUAGUCUAUUUGAUUAUGUUCCUCCAUGGGAUGGGUACACUUUUGCCAUGGAAUAUGUUUAUUAAUGCUAAAAGUUAUUUUGUCGACUAUAAGCUGAGCUAUAAUUAUACUGGAGUAGAGACUGAAUACGCUGCUAAUUUUCUUCCUUACCUCGGAAUAGCUGCCCAGGGUCCAAGUCUUAUUUUCAACUGGCUUAAUGUAUUCGUUAGGAUGGGGGGAAAGCUGAGCACUCGAAUAGUUUGGAGUAUUGUCGUUGAAAUGUUGAUCUUUGUUGUAACUGCCGCUCUUGCCAUGAUAGAUUCAAAAGACUGGCCAGCUAUAUUUUACUAUGUCACGAUGUUAUCUGUAGUUUUAUUAAAUAUGGCUAACGGUAUCUAUCAAAAUACUAUAUACGGAAUGGCAGCAAAGUUACCUCCUAAAUAUACUGGUGCUAUCAUUCUUGGAGCUAAUGUUAGCGGUACGUUUUCAUCAUUAAUCAGUAUAGCCUCACUGAUCAUAGCUCCUAACGCUAAAACAGCUGCAAUUUACUAUUUCAUUACUGCUCUGUUUGUCUUAUCUCUAUGUUUUGACACUUACUUUGCACUACCUCUCAACAGAUUCUAUAAAUAUAAUGAACUAAUGCAUCAGAAAGAGAUUCAGAAGAAGACAAAAGACACGGUAUCUUCGCCGAACGAUAAGGCCAACAUUCCUCAUUUGAAAGUGUUAUCGAAGAACUAUCCGCAACUCUUUAAUAUAUUUUUCAUUUUCUUUGUGUCUUUAGCACUUUUCCCAUCUGUGCAAUCUGAUAUUAAGAGGUCUGAUGACAAUUUUUUCAUCAACGACAAAUUCUACGUUGAAGUAAUGUGCUUCUUAACGUUCAAUGUGAGCGCCAUGUUAGGAAGUUAUAUCGCCACCUUUUUCCAGUGGCCGCUCAAAGUGGAUAGGACCCUGCAGGUCUACAUCACCAAUGACUUCGUCUACCUCGCCAUCGGUAUAUCCAUGGCCUUCACCAGUGGCUACUUUAGCUCGUUGGCUAUGAUGUAUAAUCCUGGAUGCGUGGAUAGCGAACACAGCCACAUAGCUGGUAUGUACGGAGCGGCAUCGUUGGUCACCGGCAUCUGCUUUGGUCUGAUAGCCUCCAUGGUAUUCCCUUGGAUUGUCUCAAACUUAGUCCUACCCUUUUAAGCCACUUUUCAUCCUCGACGCCGCUUAUCAGUUCAUUGAAUGUAAGAAAUCCCAAUAUGUACGACAAUGCAGAAGGUUAAUGUUUUGUUUUUCUUUCUACAUGUUCCCGCGCUCCUUUCUGUGGUAUAGAUUGGAUGCUGGUAAUUUGUUUUGUUUUAGACCAAAACUUGUAUGGAGAUUCCCUCUAACAAGAACAAAACAGGGUUCCUCAGAAAAGUAAAAAAAAAUAAAUAGAUCCAUUCGUGUAGAUUUUUAUAAAUUUGUUGAAGUAUUUUAUUCCAAAUUAAUACAGUCGUGACUUUUAUAUGCAUAUUGUAGAAUAGUUUUAAUACUUCAUUGCUUGAUUAAAAAAAAAAUCUUUAAUUUUUAAAGAAAAUAAAUCCUACCAUAAGUCUCUAAAAUGAUUUUUAUAUGAAUUGUAUUGUAUAAAUUAAAAAUAAUAAUAAUAAUUCUUUUCAUCCAUCCUUUUGUUGUACCUAUAGUAUCACAAAUGAUAAUUCGCCCAAAGCUUUAUGGAUUAUUGCUAUACAAAUUUUCGACAAUAAUUUUUUUAUUGUGUAUUACUCAAGAUCUGAAUUUAGAUUUUCUACGCUUUAAGAACUUUAUUUUGGCAUUAUAAAUAUUUUCCAUAACUGUUCCGAUUUCAUAUGAACUUUUUUUUUAAUAUGAAUACCUAUGAACUUAUGACCAAGAGUUGUAAAAUUUGAACAACAAUUUUUUUUUUUCAAUUUAAUAUAAUGAAAAAAAAAAUUCCCAACUUCGUGAAGUCCGGAGGUUUUGUCCAAUGUUGUAAUGUAAAUUAUUGAAUUAAUUUCGUAAUGGGUGAGAAAUAAACAAUCAUGAACUGUAUUGUAUGUUAGUAUAGUAAGUCUGAUAUUAAAUACUCAUUUUUAAAUAAUUAUAAAAUGUAAUGUACCAAUCAUUAUAUCUUUAUAGGAUAAAACAAAAUUAAAAAAUAUAUACACAAAAUUAUUGUUUGAUGUUUAUACUUAAAAUUAUUGUAGCUCAUAUGUUUCAAAGUAUGUAUGUACAUAUGUAUAUAUACAUAUGAUGAUUGUUCUUUUAUUUAUUUUUAUUUAUAAUUUGUUAUGUAUUUUUGUUUGUAUUAUAUAAAAAAAACCGGGCUUCUCAGAUUAGUGUUGCAUGGGUUUAGUGCAGAUGUGAUGAGGAAUUGAAAAAAAAAAGUAUAUAUAUAGUUCUUCCUUUGACUACAAGUAUAAAUGUAUAGAAAAGAGUAUAUUGAAUAUAUAUAUUUUAGUUUUUAAAAGCCAAAGUAAACAUUUAAUUAUUUUAAGCUCACGUUGCGCAUUUUUGUAUAAAUAAAUUUGGAGAAAUGAGGAGAUAAUGAAUAAAACUAAAAAAAAAUAAUAUGUAGCUAGCACUAUAAACCCCAUUUUAGUUAUGUUAAGGUAAUUAUAUACCUGUGAGGUCCUCAAUAUUUAAGCUGUCUGUAAAAAAUGUUGUAAUAAAGUAAUUUUAUAUAAAUUGUAAUGAUACAAAAAAUUUAAAUUAUAGACCUGAAAAACAAUUCAGUUUUGAAUCAUGGGAUGUAAAAGCUAUUUUCUUGUAAAAUAAUAAAUAUAAAAAUAUGUUUGGGAUCGAAGAUCUCACAUAUAGAUUGGCUCACAAGUAUAUACGCACCUUUAUAUAGACUGAAAUUUCGCUUAUUCGAUUUUCACUAACUUCUAAACUUCUAAAGUACCUUCUUCUUCAGAAUCGUGUGCUGUUCUCAUAAUUAUGAACUGUUCAUCACUAGCGGUAGAAUUUUAUAUCGAUUACAAACUGUCUACUCAGGAAUAACAUGUAAUGGUUCGUUGGUGACAAUAUUUCGCUAGAAGAGGUAAUGCAAUAGUUCCUGUCUGGUCGAAAUCAUAAAUUCAAGUUUAAAGUGUGCUCUAGAAUCAAUCAAAAAUAUUCGCAAUGAUUUCAGAAUUGUUUACAACCAGCUUCAAAUAACACAUUUUAAAAGUUCAGGUUUCCUAUUUUGUGUUAAUAAUAUAAACACUUUCUAAUCCUUUUGAAACAUUAAGUAUUCAUUAAGAAAAAAAGAAAAUAGAAUAAUACAAUGUUUUCCUGUAAUAAAGUCAAAAAUGAGUUAUGGAAAAUAUUAUAAGCUAAAAUUAUUAAUAAAUGAGAAAAAUAUAAAAUAAUGAAAUAGAUUUUUUUUAAAAAUAAAUUUAAUUCUAUCUAUGAGAAACAUCAAUUUGUUUUAAACCUUUCCUAAAACAAAUAUUAUAUGAAAAUUCAAUGCGGUUUGAACAUGAAUAAUUUUAAUAAAUUUGACUUUUUUUUUUUUUAAUAUUUCGUUGUUAGUUAUAAUUCAGAAUAUCCCUCAAUUGUUUUUGUUUAGAUCAUUUUUGUUAAAACAUUCUUCGAAUUUGAUAUUUCUAAUAUAAAGUAAAAUAGUGUAAUGUUUCUUUGAUACUUUUUUAUGAAAAAGAAAUUCAGGAAUUCAAUAAUCAAACAAAUCAUAUAAGAAACAAGUUAGGUUAUAUUAUCAAUUCGUGUGCUGAAGGCUUAUAUAAAAGUCAACAAUAUAAAUCUCUGAAUUAAUUUUUGUAAAACUCUCCAAAAAAAAUUAUGUUGAAAUGUUAUAAAAAAAAUUCUUUGUAUAAAAAAUAACAGAGAAUUAACUAUGCAAAGUUAAUUAUGUAAGCGUGCCUAUUUUAUAUUAAUAGUUUACUGCUAAAAAAUAAAUUAUAAGAUUCUAAAACACUUAGGAAAAUACUUGAAUUUAUGAUUGUGUGGCCGUGACUUAACUCGUUAAAGUAUGAAAGAUGUUUUUAUGUCUAAAUAUGUGUCUUAUGUUUCGUCUUCUAAUAAGACAAGAAAUAAUGCACAUUAUUUGGAAAAUCUUUAUGUAUUGCCAUUAAGAACCAUUAAGUGUAAAAAGUACAUUAGUAAUAAUAUGUGUCUUAAUUAUGUACCUGUAAGAAAUAUGUAUGUAAUAUACAUUAAUACCAUUAACUAUAAACUUAUGUAAUUACUGUUAACUGUCAUUGCCAAUAAAAAUAAUAGGCACGUUGGUUUAGUAAUAAAGGCUAAGCUAAAUGAUUGAAUUGAACUGGUCGCUAAUUUUUUAUUAAUAAGAAAAAAUAAUGUUUUCUUUUUUAUAUAAAUGUCAAAAUUAUGAAAUAACAUUGCUUAUAAUUAUUGAUUAAGAAUAAUAAUAGUAGUAAUUAGUUUGGGGGAAAAUUUACUAUCAGGAACAGCGUUGCGAGAAUUGGUGCAGUUUUGCUGAAUUAUUAAAUGAAAUAAGCAGCAAACGACUGAAAUGGAGGGAAAUAUCGACAAGACUGAGAUAUAAUUCUGCAGUUUUUAUAAUUAAAUAUUAUAAGUGUUUUUUGCAUUAAGUGAAGCUUCUCUUGUUAGUUAUAUAAUUUUUUUUAAUUUGGAAUGAAUUUUUUUUUGCUGUUAAGUUUUGUAAAAAAAAAUUACUUUGUUGUAAAUUUUUUGAUUUUUGUUGUAAAUUAAGCUCAUAUUUAAAAUUAGGCUAUAUGAUAUCGUAGAUAUAAGCCAUGUAUACAUUUGUAUAUAAAGUAGAUCAAGGUUGUUAAUUUUUUUUUUUAAACAUAAUAGUACAUAUACAUAUCAUCUAUUUAUAUAUUUUGAGUAUUGUUAAAAUUUCUUUAUUAAAUUAUUACUGGUGUUGAAAAAUGGUAGUUUGAUGGGAAUAACAAGGUUGUUGGAUGAAAUAUGUAAAAGGACGUGAAUGCUAUUAUUUUGUUUGAAAAAGUUCAAAUGAAGUUUAAAAGUUCGUUUUUGAAGCCAAAGACAUUCAGCUGUUCCUGCCUUUUCGCAUUUAUGUUAUGUAUGUAAUUUAUUUUUAUUUAUUGUUGAUUUCAUGUACUAUUUGUUUUCCUUUAUUUUGUAUUUUAUUAAAAUAUGGAAAUAACAAUUUUACAACCAUUUGGUGUCAUUAU